UAAACGACGCCGGGUAGUAUCAGACAAUCGUCCGAAGCUCGUUGCAAACGGAACCUUUCGAACCGUCAAGUGUCAUGCCAGCAUGAAUCCUUGCACCGUUCGAGCUCGACAGAUGCGUACAACGUAUUCGAAAUUGCUGGUGCAUUGGGACAUUUACUCGAUGCGACGUUACGGUCCAGUGUAAAAGCAAAUGGAGAGAUGUACGCGAGCCUACGAUCAAGAUGUCUUAUACAGCAUCUGUGUCGCCGCUGCACAGAUGGGUACAGGCGACCGCAAGUUCCGCCAUUCUCGCGAUGCAAAUGCCUCGGGACGUUCAAUGCGCGAUUCAAACACGACGACAACCGAAAAUACGAGUCGCUGCUCAUCAUGAACAACAGCCAAUACUUGGAGCACAUUCACCAGCUGUGGCAGAAGAAUCCAACGUCCGUGAGUCCCUCGUGGGAACCAUUUUUCCGAUUUGUAUAUGAAAAUAAUCCAAAUACUCCGGUUGACAAGCAGUCAUCUUGGCGCGUGUCGUCAACGCCCGCAGUUGCACCGUCGAAUUUGGCAGCGCCACCGUCAGGCGGCGGGUUUCCUCAGCAAAGCGCGAGAACGAAAUCGGACAGCGAAAUACAGGGCGAGAGGUUCAUCAACGGAGCGUUGGAUAUCAACGCCACGAUUAGAGCUUAUCAAACACGAGGCCACCUGAUCGCCGACAUCGAUCCUCUGCGUAUACAAAACUCGGAGUCCUAUAAGCUUCAGGGCACGUCCAAUUUACCGCCAGCUAUUGUUGUGCGGAAACAUCUCCAGGGCAUGACCGAAGCUGAUAUGGACAGAGAGUUCCCGCUCGCGCCCUUCACCGUGAUCGGCGGUCCCAGACGGAAUCUCUCUUUGCGUGAAAUACUGGUCAGAUUGAAUCAGGUUUACUGCGGACACUUGGGUCUCGAGUACACUUAUAUCCACGAUCUCAGGGUGCUGGAAUGGUUGAGGCAUAAAUUCGAGGUGCCAGGUGCUUGGGAGCUUCCGGCGGAGCACAGAAAAUUAAUUUGGUUGAAUAUCAUGAGGGCGGUGACGUUCGAAGGAUUUUUGGCUAAGAAGUACCCUACGGAAAAGAGGUUCGGCCUUGAAGGCUGCGACUCAUUCAUUCCAUCGAUGAUUGAGUGUAUAGAAACGUCAGCCGAGAAAGGAGUAGAAUCCGUGGUGAUAGGCAUGGCUCACCGUGGUCGCUUGAACACCUUGGUCAACGUUUGCUCGAAACCAUUACACCAAUUGCUAACGCAGUUCAACCCGAUUGCUCUGGAAGGUUUCGGUUCUGGCGACGUUAAAUACCACUUGGGUAUGCACGCGGAGAAAUUGUUAGAAAGGACCAAGAAAAAAGUGAUGGUCGCCGUAAUGGCGAAUCCUUCGCACUUGGAGGCAAUCGAUCCUGUAGUGGUCGGUCGUGUUCGAGCUGAACAAGUCGAGAAAAGCGACGCCAGACGUGGUAGGAAGUCGAUGGCUAUAUUGGUACACGGCGAUGCCGCUUUCUCUGGGCAAGGUAUCGUUUACGAAACCAUGCAUCUGACUAAUCUACCCGAAUAUACGACCGGCGGCGUGAUUCACGUUGUUAUUAACAAUCAGAUUGGUUUUACUACUGAUCCGAGAUAUUCUCGAUCCAGUGAACACUGUACCGACGUCGCGCGCGUCAUUAAUGCGCCUAUAUUCCAUAUACACGGCGAUGAUCCUGACUUGGUCACUUACUGCAGCAAAGUUGCUGGCGAGUACAGAGCCCAAUUUCACAACGACGUGGUCGUGGACGUGGUCGGCUACCGAAGGUUUGGCCACAAUGAACUGGACGAGCCGAUGCUGACUCAGCCGUUGAUGUACAAACGGAUCAAGGAACAUCCGAACGUGCUCACCGUUUACACCGACAAGUUGUUCAAAGACGGGGUGAUCACCGAGCCGUACGCCCAAGAAGAGAUACAAAAGUACUGGGACUAUUGCGAGACGGAGUUCACCAAGGCGCAGACAAUCGACUCGAUGAACCUGAGUGAUUGGCACGAUGUACCGUGGACCGAUUUUUUUGCGAAUCAAAGCCCCAAGCUCGGAAUUCCGUCGACUGGCAUCGACUCGGAAACGAUCAUGACGAUCUGCAAGCACAUAUCCACACCUCCGAAAGACAUUGAGGUUCAUCCUCAAGUGUUAAGGGUAAUGGACAAGAGGGCGCAGUUAAUGGAAUCUCGUAAAGCAGACUGGGCGAUGGGCGAGAAUCUCGCGUUUCUCAGUUUGCUAAAAGAGGGCCAUCACGUGAGAUUGUCCGGCGAGGAUGUCGAGCGAGGCACAUUCUCUCAUCGCCAGCACAUAAUUCACGACCAGAACAAGGACAAGCUUUAUAAAAAUCUCCUCCAUGACGUAUUUCCUGGACAAGCGUUGUACACCGUCUCGAACUCGUCUUUGUCGGAGUACGGUGUUUGCGGAUUCGAGUUAGGAUAUUCGGCCUACAAUCACAACACUUUGACGAUAUGGGAAGGCCAGUUCGGCGAUUUCGCAAACACAUGCCAGGUUACCCUGGACACGCUUCUCUGUUCCGGCCAGACGAAGUGGGGUAGACAAGUGGGAUUGGUUCUCCUCUUGCCCCAUGGAAUGGAAGGUCAAGGUCCGGAGCAUUCGUCCGCGAGGCCUGAACGGUUUCUUCAACUCUGCGAUGAUGAUUACAUGUACAUACCGGGUACGGAGCCAGGCGCUCCGCCAGGAGAGACGCCCGAGGAGAUUAUGACUAGACAGCUAUUCGAGAUCAAUUGGAUCGUUUGCAAUUUAACUACGCCCGCGAACCUCUGCCACGUUUUGCGGCGCCAGAUACUGAUGCCGUUCCGAAAGCCGCUGGUUAUCAUGACUCCGAAAUCUCUUCUUCGUCAUCCGAUGGCCCUGUCGUCUUUCGAAGAAAUUGAACCCGGUACCACGUUCCAGCCAGUCCUGCCGGACCCUUUCGUGAAGCCAGGCAAAAUACAAAAGAUAUUGCUUUGCUGUGGAAAGGUGUUUUAUGACCUGGUUGCAGAUCGUCAGGGGAAACAACUGGAAGACAAAAUAGCGAUCAUUCGUAUCGAACAACUCUGUCCGUUUCCGUAUCACCGUCUCAAGGAAGAAGUUUCCAAGUAUCCUAAAGCGAAGAUCGUAUGGUUGCAAGAGGAGCAUAAAAAUCAAGGCUACUAUGAUUACGUGAGAAACAGAAUAGCCUUAGCUCUGGGUCUUCGUAUGGACGACGUGCCUUACGCAGGUCGGUCACCAUCCUCCUCCCCAGCGACAGGAAGCAAGAUCAUUUACUCGACCGAAUACAAAGAUAUGCUGACUGCCGCAAUGCGACUCGAUUGAUUGUGUAUCACAAGUAAUUUAUUGCUUAAGCUUUAAAGAAUCUCGUAUCGCCACGGCGAACGGAAGUGUUGAAAUGCGAAUAAAUGUGUUCAAAUCUGACUCACCGAGAGAUAUAAGUAUUUAGGAUAAUCGGCAUGAAAAUACGCACAAAUCCCUUUGCUUAAGGAAUUCCACAUUGCAUUGUUCCGUUCGAUUUUUGAUUUGUCGCCGCUACUAUAACGAGAGAACAGCUGCACGAUGUGCAAAAUAGAACUGAACUUGAGCUCUUCCUAGGUGAAGGUGGUGCUAAUCGACAGCGUUGUCUACAUGCACGUGCACAAGGAUACAUCGGGACUAUUGCGAUCGUAUAACGUACUCUUGACUGUAUGCGAGUAGUGCAUGUUAGUAGUGCAUAGUAAGUUAAUUGUUCAAAAGUUAUCUCUUUGAUAUUUUGUCAAGGUACGGGCAAUCGUAAUGCUUCUUGUAUAACCGUAAGUAAACAUCGUAAUAUAACUUGCGCUAAUGUCGUUUCUAUGGGAAUCUAUUUGGCUUGUAAUCCUAACGUCUCGUGUGAAAUAAAUUAUCAGUAAUUAGUUA